AGGAACAGGCAUCAUCUUCACGACAGAAAUAUCCUAAUGAUAUGUCGGCACAUGACUUUGAAUUUAAUGGCAAGCCAUUUAUGAGGAGGGUGUCUCUGGCCCAGACAUUGUCAAAAUCUAUCGUUACCUGGGAGUUUACAAGCUCGUCAUUCAAGGACACAGUUCAAUGAAGAUCAAUACCAGAGGAAUAUAACAGAACCUUCAAAGCUGAAGGACUUUAUGGGGACAGAUUCCCUUAUGAUCGACAGAACACAAAAACAACAGAAAAAGAAUAUACGUGCCAGUAUGAACUGCCUAACUCUCCUCAUUCAUGAUUUCAAGAUCUGGUACAAACGAUGGAAACACAAACGCUGGGAACUGCCUCUGCUCAUAAAGUACAUCGAAAAAAUAGAAAGUAACUUUGGGUCCGGUCUUGGCUCCCUGUUUGUAUUUGCCCGCUGGGUGCUGUGUCUGAAUAUUGGACUGAGUGUACUUUGGUCAGGCCUGGUCAUACUUCCAACAGCUGUUACAUUCUCCUACAACAAAAUCACAGUGGAUUUCAACUUUAAAAAUCUACUGGAUGGCAGGGGAGCAGUGGGACAGUCCUGGUUAUUCUUUGGAAAAUAUCAGGCAAAAGUAGGCAAUGAUUACUGGUUGUCUGUGGCAUAUUUGUUCCUCCUACUUAUCACCUACUUUGGCAGUCUGCUACUGAUCAUGAGGAGUAUUGGAGAAGCCAGUCUGCCAAAGUCAGCGUCCCCACUCCAGAGCCACAACAAGUUCUCACUUCUGCUGUUCACAUCCUGGGAUCACUCCAUCACCAAUAAGGAGGCAAGCAGUAACAUGGUGUAUGGUAUAGCCAGCAUCAUCAAGGACAACCUGUAUGAGGUAAAGGCAUCCGAUGCUGAGCGUAAACGCAGUGUGAAGGAAAAGCGAGGCAUUUACUGUCGUCGUAUCCUGGCCUGGUUCUUUACCAUUCUGUUGGUCGGAGGUGGGUGUACACUCAUUGUCUUCCUUGUCAUCUAUAAUGUCUCCGGUCUAAUAAAGGAACAGGGAGAUGUGAGCCUAUCUGAGGACAGCUUAGUAAUUGUGUACAGCACUCCAAUUAUCUUCACACUCAUCAAUGUCCUGGUGCCUGUGUGUAUCAAACAGUUACCCAAGUUGGAAGAUUAUCAUAGCGGAAGAACAGAGCUCUACAUCACACUGGCUCGAGUCUUCUUCCUCAGGAUGGCUAAUCUCUUCUGUCUGCUUAUAUCUUUGUACACCAAUAUUAGCUCCCAUAUUGAAGGUGGUGGAUGUCUGGGAACUGUCAUUGGUCAAGAGAUCUACAAACUGGUUGUCAUGGAUACCAUCAUUCAUGUAAUAUUCAUUACUACUUUCAAGUUUCUACCUUAUUACUGGACCAAACAGAAGUCUGAAUUUGACCUGUCAUCAGCUGUACUAGUCCUUGUGUACAGACAAGGCCUGGUGUGGGUGGGGACAAUAGCCUGUCCAUUGAUGCCUCUAGCUGGUGCCAUUUCUUGCCUUGUGUUUUUUAUCACCAAUUACCAUGUUGUGCGAUGUGUGUGCAGACCUCCUCUGAAGCGGUGGAACCAGUCCCGUAAUACCAGGUUCUUGAUGGGAUUCCUUCUCAUCACAAUGGCUGCUGUCAUAUUACCAAUGUCUGUGGUCAUAGGCAGUCAGAACCUUAUCCACUUGGGUCAAACAUCCUCCUCCAACCGUUUCUGCGGACCGUUUGGGAGAGGACGCCCUACUGAUGCCUACAGACACUUUGUCGCCCAACUCGACAGCUGGCCAGGUCAGGUGUUAAAAUGGCUGGGCUCCGAUAUUGUUACCAUCCCACUGGUCUUUAUCAUCAUAGCAGUACUGAGCUACCAAGGGAAGCUUCUGUCUGGAGAAAAGCAUUACAGGGUCCUGCUUCAGGCUGAACUUCAACAGGAGAGAGAAGAUAACCAGCAACUCAUCAAAAAGCUACAGGUGGUCGGUAUAGGCAUGUGACAGAAACUUAUGACUGUAGGAAAAACAGAAAGGAAGGAUGCUGACUGAAACACAGAAUAUAGACAAGCUGUUUUACUCAAUAUAAGGAUUCAUUAAUUUUCAAUUCCUUACACAGCUUUGAAAAUGUUCUCUCACAUUGAGGUACCCAGCAGUCUGAAAUGUUACAACCAUCUGAGGUAGAAUUCAAUAAGGAGCAAGGUCUGUGCUAUUUGCAGAUAAUGUUUAUGCCAAGAUGUGAAUUUGCUGUGGUGAAUAAACAUAACUUGAUGUAAUGAUUAUGUGAUCUGUGCUGCGACAAGAAUUUUGGAGUGUGUCGGCAACUUGGUGCAGUGACAAGAAUUUAGGGGUGUGCCUCAGCAGUCCCUUGCAGCGAGAAGAAUUUACAGUUGGAACACUGCAAUCCCUUGCAGUGACAGAAAUUUAAGGGUUGUGAUGGCAUUUCAAUUUCUUGCAGUGAUAGCAAUUUAGGGAUGUGAUGGCAUUUAACUUCUUGCAGUGAUAAGAAUCAGGCUUCUCUUAGCAGAGACCAGUGUUGGGUACAUUUUGCAAUACUAGCAAAAUAUGGACAAAAACAGUCACAAUGAAAGUUCUGAAUUUAUAAUUAUGACAAGUUGAUUGUUAACUUAAACACAUAAACAUGUAUCAGGCAUGAAAAUGGACUGAUUGGUGUAGUUAGGAUGAGAAUCUGCCCUCAUUUUAUCAUAAUUGUAUAUUUUCUGGUGCUGAUAUAAUAAAGGAUUA